GUGAGUUCGGCGGGACGCCUUGUCAAGAAAGAGUCAUUGAAAGAAAGGCGGGAAGUUCUAAAAAAAAAAAUAUGAUUCGGUCGUCCGUGGAUGCCGCGGUUGGAGAAACGAUGGAGGCGGAAGCGACAGCGGUGGAGCUUCUAUCUCAGAUCAAUGAUAUUUUAACGUAUGAGGAUCAAACCACAAGUGAAAUGAAAUUGGAAUUACCAGCCCAGGUCUUGGCUGAGCAUGCAGUGAACACUAGAAAGACUCAGAAGCUGAUGUACACCCAACUACAAGUGCUUAAAUUCCUUCUGGAUUUUCUUGACUCUGCCCCUCGCAUCCAGAAUGCCUCUGACUCUGCUGUUCGGAAAGAGAUGGAAGAAGCCAAAAAGCAAUGGAAGGUGCUCAAAGCAGAUUACCAGCAACAGGUGGAAGCUAUCAAGGGGACUGUGCCUCAGAUACUGGCCAAACAGGAGGAGGUACAGGGCCGGGCUCGGCUUUUGGAGGAGGCCCUGCAGCGCUACCGAGCAAAGAAAGAAGAGGUAGAGGAAAAAGCAAGGGAUGCCCAGAAGAGGCACCUGAAAGAACAGGAGCUCUUGAGAGAGAGACACCAGCAACUAGAGCAACAGGUUGCUGAAUUGCAGGACAGGUUGCAGAAGCAGCAGAAGGAAUUGGAAUGCUUGCAGAGAGAGGUUGGGGAGCAAGAGACCCAAGCCAGGAUCUGGCAAGAGAAAAUGCAGAGAGUCUCUGAUUUCCAAUGCCUUUUGGAGAGUUUGCAAGGGGUGAAGGUGAUCUGUGUCUCAGAGAAUGACAUGGAGGUGGAGCUGACUUCUCAACCCCAGCCUGAGAUUUCUGCUCCUCGUGGUCUGAAGCUGCGUAUACACUGGGGAGAGGAUGGCAAUGUCACUUUGCAGAGUGGCAGCCCUUCUUUCCUUCUCCCUGGUGAAAUUCCCCUGGGAACUUGCAGCACCAUCAAAGGGGUCCUUUUGGAGUUGCAGCACAGCUAUUCUCAACAAGCACAGCUUUUGGCUGAGAUUGAGUUGCUGCAGAACUGUUUUGCAAUUGAUUGGCAGCCGGAGAAGAGACUGCUCAGUUACUUGAAGCCUUCAUCAACUUGCAGCCUCUACGUAGAAUCGGGAUAUCCAGCCAGUGGGCAGGUUCGGCUUUUCUCAAUAAAGACUCAACAAGGCACAGUUGAUGUGACUUCCUACAAGCCCCCACAGGAAAAACCUUCACUACAAAAUUGGCUGAUCUACCUGAGCACUAUGGACUUCAAUACUCCUUUCCCAACCUGAAAAGCUCCUACUGCCUGUGUCCGUGUAAUGUGAUGAGGAUCAAGGCCAACAUCUAUAGUUUAGGCCUCCUUCUAAUAUUUUUGGAAGAAGAAGGAAAUUGAAUUUAACUGGGACAGGGUUUUUUGUGUGCAAAUGUAUGUUUAUGUUUAUAUUUGUUUGUAUGUUGUAUUUUGGGCCACUUCAGCCUCUACUUCCUUCCCCUUUUACUCUUGCUUGCUUUGAUUUGAGCUUCCAGUUCUCCUUUUUGAGUCCUCCUGCUUUCCUGUUACCCUUAUAUAGUUUUAUGGCUGGUUGAGUGUUACUCUAGUACUUUGCAUCUCCACAUUGUUGAACUUUUAAAAUGUUUUGAUCAAUAAAAUUGGUGGUUUUAUUGGAGGUUUCUAGCUCUCAUUUAUCUGAUGGACUUAAUUGUAAGACAAGGUUUGUUUCAUUAUCUUGUAAUUCCUGUCUCUUUUUUUUCAGACAGUUACUGAUAAUAAAUAUUUUUUUACCCA